CUCCAUUGUAUGCUGUGCCACAGCAUCGAUCGUGGUAAUGGACGAGCACCUCGCCUGGAGUCUGGGCGUAAAGUACCAACUCAUUGUUGUUGGCUUCCUGCUCAGCAUCAUGAAUCUUUGACUCGAUUACACUGCGCCGUUGUUCUUUCUUUGCUGCGAGGCUCGGGGAGCAGCGACUUUGCAGAACUUCGAAGCGAUCAUGCGCGCCACGCUUCUUGGAGAGAACAUCAGCUAUAUCUGGAGGGCCGUUUCUCUGCUGCUAAAGAUCUUGCCAAUAGCACUGAGCGUUGGGUACAAACUGUUCGUGGGCGGCAUCAGUACGCAUGAGAUUGGCGCCAGCGGCGAGAUGUACCCUAAGUUCUUCGGCUUGUACGCUCCUCCUGGAUUGGACUGGACUGGCCCGAUCCUGAUGACGAACGUGACUUUACCAUUCAUACAAGCGACAGCAACGAAUGUGUCUUUCUACUCUGCUGAAGGAGUUCCGAAGCUCGAUCCGCCGUAUCGCAAACUUCCUCGAGCGUAUGGUUACAACAUGCUUAUGCUUGACGAACACUCUGUCGCCAUGCUCGACACUCCAAAACCUGAGUGGGUGAGCCGAGUGCAAGCGGAUCUUGAAUUGGGAGAGCGAUGGAAUGUAACUGCAACAGUCACAGCCACCGUUUCUGUCAAGAAUGACACUGCCGACGAGUUUCGCAACCUGGAUCGAGACGAAGAUGAGGCGUACUGGGCAGGAUAUGGUGCCAUUGCGGGCCAAGAGUGGCCGAAUAGUACUUUCGCCACUGCGAACCGGCACAAUGGCUGGAGCACAGGUCUCAUGUCAAAUCGAGGCGGGCAAGGCGACGAGUCUUGGACUUAUAUUGGCCUGUACCCGAAUUCGGAGAAUUUCGAGCGGGAUCAAAGAGUGCUCCGAGACAAUAAUCUGAAUAUGGCAGAGCACUAUUUGCCCAACCUCAACCACUUCCUGGGACCGUUUACCGUACUUCGAAAUGACUCUAGGUGGAUUGCGCCCACCAUGACGGCAGUGGUUGCUUCGAUGAAGUGGUCGCUCAUUACCGUUGUGAACGACCCGUCCAGACCUGGCUGGGAUACGAACUGGGAUGGCAUCUACGCCAACACUGGACUGAAGUACACUGCAAGGCCUAAGAUCGUGUCUUCGAAAUUGACCUUACAAAGAUCAUACUUGAUUUUGCUACUCUUCGCAGUCCAGCCAACCAUGACACUCGCGAUGAUCGCAGGCAGUAUGAUGCCCCGCAAGGUCCCAGUGGGCAAGGGCUUUGGUAUCAUUGCCGUGUUGGCAGGUGUACGACCGGAAUCGUUGGGCAUUCUCAAGGGCGCAGGGUUCUCGGGCGAGGUGACGGAGCCCAUUCAAUUGAACAUUCACAUCGUAGAGGAUGAGAGCAGGUCGGCCAAGAUAGUCUAUACCCUGAGCGACCAAGGCCCGGGCCCAGCAGAGGAUUUACACCGACGUUGGCGAUAUAGCUAGUAGCUGUUGAGAUUGGGCUUGGACCAUUGCUUUUGUACCUCGCUGCUGCUCAAAAUGUCCAGCACGGAGAGCGUGACGAUAAGGCGAAAAUAUCAGAGCCCCAAGUAGCAUUCAAACAACCACUCGGGCAUGUAUUUCAUUGCAGCCGAACUCCAGACCUCCACUUUCUGUGCGACGGUGAUGUCGGUAGAUGGAUUAUGUGAUCCAACAGUCUCCAAUGUUGAAUUCUGAUUUCAAUCGGGCAAAUGCACUUCCAAAGUUCUUCAAAUGCUGGC